UGCUUUUUCCCAUCUCGCAAGAUGGCGGGUGAAAAGGCUGAGAAGCCAGAUACUAAGGAGAAAAAACCUGAAGCCAAGAAGGCUGAUGCUGGUGGCAAGGUUAAAAAGGUGAAGCAGGUUAAGAAGGGGAAGCCCCACCGCAGCCGAAACCCUGUCCUGGUCAGAGGAACGGGCAGAUAUUCCCGAUCGGCUAUGUAUUCCGGAAAGGCCUUGUACAAGAGGAAGUAUUCAGCAGCUAAAUCCAAGGUUGAAAAGAAAAAGGUGAAGGUUCUUGCUACUGUCACAAAACCAGUUGGUGGUGACAAGAAUGGCGGUACCCGGGUGGUUAAACUUCGCAAAAUGCCUAGGUAUCAUCCUACUGAAGACGUGCCUCGAAAGCUAUUGAGUCACGGCAAAAAACCCUUCAGUAAGCAUGUGAGAAAACUGCGCGCCAGCAUCACUCCUGGGACCAUUUUGCUUAUCCUCACUGGGCGCCACAGAGGCAAGAGGGUCAUUUUCCUGAAGCAGCUGAGCAGUGGCGUGCUACCUGUGACUGGGCCUCUGUCCCUCAAUCGAGUUCCUCUGCGGAGAACACACCAGAAAUCUGUCAUUGCCACUUCCACCAAAAUUGAUAUCAGUGGUGUGAAAAUCCCAGAACAUCUCACUGAUGCUUACUUCAAGAAGAAGAAACUGCGUAAGCAGGAAGGUGAGAUCUUCGACACAGAGAGAGAGAAAUACGAGGUUACAGAGCAGCGGAAGGUUGAUCAGAAAGCUGUGGACUCACAAAUUCUGCGAAGAAUCAAAGCCGUUCCUCAACUCCAGGGCUACCUCCGCUCUGUGUUCGCUCUUACAAACGGAAUUUAUCCUCACAAAGUCGUGUUCUAAACUUCUUACAAAGAACCUAAUUAAAUAAUUCGGUCCAUUAAAAAAACAAAAAACAAAAAA